UCAAAGGUUGUAUCCACUAUUAUGACGAUUAUGACUGCAACCAUUGAAAAGUGAGAAUUAUGUGUAAUGUGGUUACGCUGGAAUCUGUUAGAGAAUUUAGGGUUAUAACACUUGAAGUAUUGAUAUAGACGUAGAAAUUAUUGGAAACUGUGGAUAUCAAUACAGGUCUUUGAAGAGGAGAAGCACUUUUCCUUCCUCUCAUGAAGGUCUGGUGAUUUGCAGCUGCUCUUGAACUGAAGUGACAUCAGAAUGUCACAUCUGAUGAGACCACCUGAGUCCCGUGAACCUAAUUACUCCAAUCCUAGGUUCCUGCCCCCAAGUGUGAGACUUCCAAUGCAGUCUCCUCCUGCAGGCCAUGCAGUACCAGCAAGUUGCUUCCCGCCAAGUUUCCAGUACCCACAGAACAUGGUUUCAAACUGCGUUCCACCCAUGAUGCCAUCUUCACUUCCAUGUCCAAAUCCAAUGUCAUUUCCUCCACCACCUUUUCGUCCUCAAGGACCCAGAGCAACACCACCCCAACCAGUACCAUUGUACAACAAAGCCUCAGCUUCUUACAGUCAACUUUAUAAUGUUCCCCCUUCAUACUCGAGCCCACGCUCUGAAACCCCCUCACAAGUCUAUGUCCCACCAUAUCCACCUCCACCAGUGGCAACAGCCUCCUUCAGUGAACGUCCAUCAGCUCCAUACUCCAUGGAUCAUGUUCCUACAGAACAUCAUAAUUCCUUCCAGCUAUCCAGUGAUCCGUGGCACAGUAAUGUUGUGGCCACAUUGCCCAGCGUUGCUCGCAGCAUACCAAACCAUUACCAAGAAGGGAAACCAGAGGCUGUGACAACCUGUGGAGGCAGUACCUUGAAGCCAGCAGACUUCUUGGAAGCCCCUUCACACAAUAGAGACGAAUAUCCAAGGUGCCUACCACAAGGAAUACCCGCGGAUAUGAAUGAUGAAAUCGUGAAUUCACAAUACAAGGACAAAGACAAGAGGAGGUCUGAUGACAGGAGUGUCUCUAGGAGUAGCUAUGACUGUAGGAGGAAUCCUAGCCAUCCUAAAUAUGACACACAGCAUUGGGAUCGCUUUGGAAGACGGAGAAGUCGAAGCCCACUUCAUCGGAGGCGAACCAGAAGCCCAUCUAAUGAAAGGAGACAUUCUAGAGACAGUUCUAGAAGUUCAGACCAAAGGCGUUAUACAAGAGAUAGUAAGAGGUCCAGGUUCUGCAGUUCCAGGGACAGAGCAAGCAGGAGCCCUGAAAGGAGAAGACAAUCUGAAGUUGGUGAUAAUGAGGUUUCUCUGAAUGUAGAACUAGAAUCUCCUAGGAACUCAAGAUGUUCCAAUAGUCCUGACUUGUUGAGGUCUCAUAGUCGAGCAAGUUUUAAGCAGACCUCACGCAGUCCUGAUUACAGGUCCCUUGCCAGUUCACGGAAGAGUAGCCGAUCAUUUAGUCCAGAGUCGUUAAAUUUGAAGAGUGGUAGAAAUUCUUACAUUAGUAAUUCACGCAAAGAGAAGGCUGCUACUACAGAGCGGGAGCUACUGCUAGAGAAGUGGAGAAUGAACUAUUGUGCAAACACUGCUGAGAUGCAGAAGAAACUGGAAGAGCUGGCCAAAAUGAAACCAGAAGAAAUAGUGGAACAUGAGAAGAAAGUGUGGACACGGACAGCGCCAGCUGACCUGUACUAUGCACGGGAUGAGAAAAACCACAAGGUGAUGAAAGCGACACCAAGGCUUCUUGCUUUGUGUGAGAGGUUCCACGAUGAGCUGGUAUCAAGAGCUGAGAAGGUGCGAACUGCCAGGCCAAAGUAUGAGCCACCCCCUCGCAAAAACAGAAUGCGUCUUGCCAAACAUAAAUCUGAAAUGUGCAGUUCAAGUGACAGUUCAAGUGAGGAGAGUUCAACUGAUGAGGAAGAUUGCACAAUGGAGGAACUGGAGAGGAAGCGGCUGCAUCCGUACCGCCUCCAUCCAGAAAUGUGGUACAAUGACUCUGGGGAGAUGAAUGAUGGUCCACUCUGUUGCUGCAGUGCCAAAGCAAGGAGGUACGGCAUCCGCCACGGGAUCUACGCUGGAGAGGGUCACCUUCCAAAAUGUAAUCCAGACACCAAUAAUGCUGACCGCCUAUACCAUUACCGCAUAACCAUCUCUCCCCCUACAAAUUUCCUUACCAAGAUACCAACGAUUAUCAAACAUGAUGAACAUGAAUUCAUAUUCGAAGGAUUCUCCAUGUUCUCACACUUUCCCCUGGACAAGCUGCCGACAUGUAAAGUGAUCCGCUUCAAUAUAGAAUACACCAUCUUGUACAUAGAUGAGAAACUGCCAGAGAAUUUCACCAUUCGAGAACUGGAUUUGUUCUAUGACUAUCUAUUCUGUGAACUGCUAGAACUUGUGGACCUAGACUUCAAAGCUCACAAUGACUCCACUGGCUGUUCACUGUUCCACUUCAUGCCUCGGUUUGUUCGGGAUCUUGCAGAUAAUGGGAAGGAGAUACUGUCAAUGAAUGAGGUGAUGUACUAUCUGAUAGUGAACAGCAACCCCCUUAUUGAACAGGUGAAACUUAAAGAUCUUCUGGCCAUGCCCCAAUUCAAGUGGCAGAACUUUGCAGAUGAAGUAAAAGGGAUGGUGGUGACGUACCCUGGCAUGAAGCCAUGCUCCGUUCGAGUGGAUCAGCUGGACCGUGAACAGCAGAAAUCAGACACCCUUCCAUACCCAGAGAUAGUGCACUUUGGGAUUCGCCCACCUCAGCUCAGUUAUGCUGGCAACCCUGAGUACCAGAAGGCAUGGCGGGAAUAUGUGAAAUUCCGGCAUCUGCUGGCCAAUAUGCCCAAACCAUCAUUUGAAGACAAGCGCAAACUGGAGGCGAAGGAGAACAAACUGCAGGAGAUGAGAACACAAAGCAAGAUGAAGCGAGAUGUCACCGUGGCCGUAUCGGCUAAAGGUUUCCACCGCACAGGCAUCAUGUGUGACAUCAUACAGCAUGCCAUGUUGAUCCCAGUUCUCGUGUGCCACCUCCGCUUCCAUCGCUCGUGUGAUGUCCUGGAGAAAGUAAUUGAUUAUAAGUUCAAGAAUCGCUCUCUCCUGCAGCUGGCUAUGACUCAUCCUUCAUACAGAGAGAACUUUGGUACAAAUCCUGACCAUGCCAGGAAUUCGUUAACGAACUGUGGCAUUCGACAGCCAGAGUAUGGUGACCGGAGGAUUCAUUACAUGAACACGAGGAAGCGAGGUAUUAAUACGCUGAUCAAUAUCAUGUCUCGUUUUGGCAAGAAGACUGUAACUGAAUCUAAUAUCACUCACAAUGAGCGCCUGGAAUUCCUUGGAGAUGCAGUGGUUGAGUUUCUAACCUCAAUACACCUGUUCCACAUGUUCCCCGACCUUGAGGAGGGAGGACUGGCUACUUACAGGGCUGCCAUAGUUCAGAACCAGCACCUCGCUGUUCUUGCGAAGAUUCUGAGCCUCGAGGAAUACAUGCUGUAUGCUCAUGGUUCCGACUUGUGCCACGAUUUAGAACUGCGGCAUGCCAUGGCCAACUGCUUCGAGGCUCUCAUGGGAGCAUUGUUCUUGGAUGGUGGCAUUGAGGUUGCAGACAAAGUGUUUGCUGAGACGUUGUUCAAGCAAGAUCUAGACCUGCUUGACAUAUGGGUGAACUACCCUCCACACCCCCUUCAAGAACAGGAGCCGCUUGGGGACCGGAAGUGGAUUCCUUCCUUUGAGCUCCUUCAAAAUCUCACCAAGUUUGAAGAGUCAAUAGGUGUCGAAUUCAAACAUAUCCGUCUCCUGGCUCGAGCAUUCACAGACAGGAGCAUUGGAUACACAAAUCUCACACUAGGAUCUAACCAACGUCUGGAGUUCCUGGGGGACACUGUGCUGCAGCUUAUAGCAUCAGAGUACCUCUAUAAGUAUUUCCCAGAACACCACGAAGGACAUCUUUCUUUACUGCGCAGUUCUCUGGUGAACAACAGAACGCAAGCUGUUGUGUGCGAUGACCUUGGGAUGAUCAGCUAUGCUCUCUACUCAAACCCAAAGGUUGAACUGAAGACAAAGGAUCGGGCAGAUCUCCUGGAAGCUUUCCUUGGUGCUCUUUAUGUUGACAAGGGACUGGAAUACUGUCACGUGUUUUGCCACGUAUGUUUCUUCCCACGACUGCAGGACUUCAUCAUGAACCAGGACUGGAAUGACCCCAAGUCAAAACUUCAGCAGUGCUGUCUUACGUUACGUACCAUGGAGGGAGGAGAACCAGACAUUCCAGUAUAUAAGGUCAUCGAAUGUAAGGGACCGACAAAUACAAGGGUAUACACAGUAGCUGUGUAUUUCCGUGGAGGACGCCUGGCGAAAGCAUCUGGACACAGUAUCCAGCAGGCAGAAAUGAAUGCUGCAAAAGAGGCUCUAGAAUUGUCACAAGGCCUGUUUCCGCAGCUUGACCAUCAGAAGCGAGUCAUUGCUAAGAGCUUAUCACGUCAGUGCUGGCCUCCCCGCAACACAUCACAUGCUAAAUCGUCACAGCCUCGCUCUGACAGAGAGAGGCAGCCCCCUUCUAAGGAACGAUCUAAGACAUCAUCAUCAUCAUCAUCAUCAUCGCACCUAGACAAGAAAUCACCCAAGAAUCGCCGAUCAUAUUCAAAAGAAAUUCAAACCACUUCAGAAAACAGAUCAGCAUUGAUACCAAGCUCAGAGGUGCCUACUAGCAAAGACUGAGACAGAGAGAGUAGUCGUCUGGUGUAGCAAAAAUGGCAAUGACUCUGUACAUUGUACUUUGUAAAGAACUUAUAUGUUGGCACUGGAAAAUAAAACUGUACUUAAAGUUUGUUUGAUGU